AAAUAACACCGACUCCGCCGGCCUCGAUCGACGAAGGGCAGAGAAAAGCAAAGAGCAAAGGGGGAUAAAGGAAGGGAUGGAUUUGACAGAAAAUUGACCUACCCCGAUCCUCGAUUUUACAGCUGAUUGUGAGUUCGAGACGUAGCGACGAUCGAUCGAUCCGUCUACCUGCACCUGAUCUGUGCAAGGACCCCAUGCAAACGAUGACUGCGUAAACGUGUUGUUCCGUUGUCGUUUUCUCCCCCCCCCCCCCCCCCCCCCCCCCGUACGUUUUCACAUACGUAAACUCCGCGGGAGAUUGCCAUUCUUCGAUCAAACGACAAGGCGAAUGUGUCAAACAUAUUGCGGACGUAUACCGAAUGUCCAUAAACUUUACAUGGGAUUAUUUAAAAACAACCUCGUAUCGGUAGUCGGUGUGUCGUUGCCGUCUUAUCGUAAUUCCUCUAUUUAAAAUUUUCAUAUCUCUUUUCGCUGGAUGAACUGUACUACUACUACUACUACUACUACUACUGCUACUGCUGCUACUAUUACUACGGCUAUUGCUACCACCACUACCGUAUAGUUGGCGCUGUCAUUCUAUUAAUAAAAGGCGUUCAUCAAGCAAAUCCAGUUUUGCGCGGGGUGAAACCUCGAAUGACAGUUUCGUUAGUUCGCUCUCGCGCUGUGUUCGGUGUGUAAAUUUCUAGAAAGUACUACCAAGUGCGAAAUACAUUUCUCGUUCCAUGUGGCGUCCAAUAAACGAGAUCAACCGCUGAAAACUCGACUACCCGAAGCAAAAGGGGACGUGCGUGUUCACCCCUUGGACGGAUAUGAUUUUGAAUCUCCGUGAGCGUAACGUGUCGGCAGCGUAUUGUUUUGAUAUACGAUUCGACGAACCCCGAAGUGAAAAUCUGGUGUAUCUGUUUUCCGCAAAAGCGUGUCCGUUCGCUAAACUGACUUAAAACUUUGAAGAAACGAGACUCUGAAAGGUUCGACAUUCGAGCAGGGCGGGUGGGUGGCGGGAGGAUCGCAGUCUCCGAAUAGAGAAACAAAACGUUGUCGCAUUGACAGUCGUCGUCGUCGUCGUCGUCGUCGUCGUAGUCGUCGUAGUCGUCAUCGUUGACGCGCCAUCGCUCUUUUCUACCGACCGAGUUGUCCAGGGUUAUAAAACUCGCGGACGGUCCGGCGGACGUGCGCGCAAGUACGUAAGUACGUUGGCAACAUAUAUUCCGAAAGGUGAAUUCCGGACGUUUUCUUCGAUAAGUAGAACGCUUACGGUACCAUUUUCCACCAACGUUGAAACGGACGGGCAGCGGUUCAACCGGCCGGUCUCCCCUCCCCCCGCCCCUCCAUCUUCUCCUCGCUUCCCCCUCCCCCACGCUCCUCCUCCCUCUCUCUUUCAGUCUGCAUGUAGCGGCGACGCGACUAAUCACGUACGCGCUCGUAGGUACGACCGACCUACGUCGCAACCAAGUUUUUUUGUGGCUACUGUACCCACCACCGCACAUUUCGGACGUUCGACCUUCGCGAUCUCGUAUUAUUUAUUUAUUCUUAUUUUUCUAUCUCCAUCUUUUAUUGUUGUUAACCACAGUGCAGCUCGUUACAACAAGUUCGAACGUGGUGCGCGCGCGCGUGUGUUUCUCGUUUCAACGGAUUACCCGCCAUCGAAUCGUUGAUAAUAAUAACAACAACAACAACAACAACAACAACAAGACACGGUUGCACUCUACUACGUCACGCGUAAGUACGUAAUUAGUGAACGAAGAUUAAUGAAUUGACUGGGGAAGAACGGAGGUGGUGAUAUCCCGUCGUCUUCGACGAUAUUCGUUUAACUCGUUGCGGUCACGUGAGUAAAUUUCACGGCAAAUUCGAACCUUCGAGAUAUUAUCGGAAACUCUGAUACAGAUUCGCGAUUAUUACGGUGACACUGUUACUUUCGUUCGAAUGAUAAAUUAACACGCUUAUAGACGGAAACGCGAAGUGGAAAACAACGGUAACCAACGAAACGACGAGUGAAUGUCAUUUCAUUUAUCACGCCAUCGUUUAGGAAUAAUGAGGACUAAUGAUAAUUAUCACCUCGUGUUUGUGAGAAAUUUUAAACAUCUGCCGUUACUCCCGAUAUUUUCGUAGUUCGGUGCUAGCGUGAAUCUAUCGUUGCGAUACCUGAUUCGAAUAAAAAAAUACCAGAGCAACUUCGAAUCGCGUUCUCGGUGUACUGCAAAGGUGUUCGUUAGUUCCGUUACCAAUUAAUAAUAAGAUUUGAGGUGGAUUCAAAAGUUAAAACCAAUUACAAUAGUGAUGCAGUGCCGUAUCGCGUGUGUUGAGUGCUUCGUGCCCAUUCCUUGGAUUACUUGAAGAUGUCUUCGUCUGUGGGAUAUUAUGACGAUAGGAAUCCGCUCCUUAAAGGCACCUUAUCAAGCGUGGAGCGGGACCGGCUUCGGGAGCGCGAGCGACAAGCCCGCGCGGCGAUGUCGGUCCAAGCUGAACAAGCAGCUGCUGGGGGUGGUCCAGAUCCCCAUCAUCAUCACGGGCAUCACCAUCACAACUCCAAUCCGAAUACGGCCACCGCCUCGCUCUUCAGAGCCCCGGUCAGGGUUAAUCCGGACGUACAGGACCGAACGGCGCAACAGAUACAAUCGCAGCUCGGCAAUUACUCACUGGUGAAACACCUUCUCGACGAACCGAAGAGGCUGAUCGGAAUCGAAGGAGUACCGCCGAGUCCCGGUCCCCUCGGUCAGCGCAAACCGUCGGCCCAGGAGUUCAAGAGACCCGGAGGACCCCGUCCAAAUUCCAGUGGAAAUCACGGGUCGCAAAACAGCGGUUACGUUAAACCGGCGGACGGCAAACCUCCGUACAUGGGGAGAGGCGGUUAUCCCGGUCAACCCGUUAAACACGGUGGGGGAAGCAACGAUCAUCGAAGUCAUGGUCUUCUUCCCGCAAAAGGUCCUCCCAAUCAGAACGUACGCGGUGCUAGUCGUAGCGGAACAACGAACGCCGGAACUGGAAGCAAUCCGGUAGCCGGCGGAACUUCCGGAAGAUUGCAAAGCGCGGGAAGUCAUCUUUCCCGGUUACCGAUGGACAACGGAACAAUGUCUCGACAUUCUGUGACCGAGAACGCAUCCGACGUUGAUCAUAUUCUCAAGGAAAUGACGUUGCCCAUCACACCGCUGACAGCUAUAGCCCAAACGCCACGAAAAGAGCCUGAGUCAAAAUUUACCUUCAACCCGUACCUCGACAAGCUGACCGAAGUUCCUCCGCCAGAACCCAGCAAAACUCAACGAGAACGACAUUCGUCUACGAGGCUCUCUUCAGAUCUGGUGGUCCAUGAUCUGAUCCUUUCGGAAGACAGCGAAGAUGAGGGAAAUAAGGGCUCUUCGCGGACGACAAGAGACAGUAGAAGUCCGAUUACGAAUCUUCCAGUCGAUUUGCUACCAGCAAUGACACCCGCACCCUUGGCGCCAAUGUCACCCCUUGACAAGUCACCUCUGUCUCUGCCACCUUCGAGACCACCGAGUCCGCCGAGUCAAAUGUCGCCAUCGAAUCAGAUCGUACCUCAACGACCGCUGUCUCCACCUCCCGCGAGCCCUCCGAGAAAGCAAUCGACGAGUCCGAUAUUGCAAAGGCCUCCCAGCCCCCUGGGACAAGCACCCCCUAGUUCUCCGAGUACGAGUUCGAGUUCGGGCUCUGGUACAGACAGUGGGACAGAUAGCAGCGACGAAACCGACGAGGAGAGAGUUCGACCACCGGAUAUAGGCCCUUCUACACCGCCGUCUGUAUCACCGAGACCAAAUGUCGAAGAACCACCACCGGCGGUCGAGGAGGCGAAACCGCGAUGGAAUCUUGGUUCGUUCUUCAACAAAAACCCUGUACAAAAUGGGGAGCACAAUCAGGAAACUAAGCCUCUGCAGGAUGGCGCGAGACGAGAUGGUUCUCCAAACACGGCCGCGGGUAUUACGAGAACUCGUAACGACUCCGGAAGUGAUUGGCAAUUGAACGAAGCGCUGAACAAAGGUCAUACGACCUUGCUUAGUUCGCUGAGCGACAGCGAUCACCAUUCUGAACCGGAGAAGAAGCCCGUUAUUCAGGAAACUAGAUCGUUGCAGCCUGAAAAAACCAAGCCGCAGCAAAGAAGGGGACGCCCUCGUAAGACGACCAAAAGCCCCAAGGCUCACCAAGCCUCCGACAACGAAGGUAACAAAAAUAAACGAGGAAGACCACGCUUAGUACCUGCGAAGAAAAUACCAAUUUCCAAAGCUACGGUCUCGACCAGCGACGACGCGAGUAACGCAAGGUCGCGAGGAGGUUCGAGUGAUUCCGAUAGCGAUCACCUCAGUCCUCCAAGACCCGCCGCCUCCCCCAUUCCCAUAGUUGAAAAACGUAGGCAAAGGCUCAGCGUGUCAUCUAGCGAGGACGAAAGAGCUCCAAACAAGGGUAGCGACUCCGAGGACCAUAGUUCGUGGCGUAGAUCUUCGAUCAAAAAGAGACCCAGUGAUAGAGAGGGUUCGAUAAAGAGAAAUAGACUUUCCAAAUCGCCAAAGAAACUGGAGAAGAAGAAGACACCUACUAAAACAAAGCCGAGGGGACAACGUACGCGGAUAUCCAAUGCAGCGGCAUGUCAGGAUGAUUCCGACAGCGAAACGGAAGUGCGCCAAGUCAAGGUCGCCAGAGUUCCCCCAAGACCAAGAGCACCACCCACUCGGACUUGCUCUCCCGAUAAUUCGGACAGCGACAUAAGUCCCGCCCCGAAAUUACAAGAGGAGCGAGGAAACGUACAGGAUAAGAAGAAAAGCGAUACUCUGAGGAAACUAUUCUCUACUUCCAAAGUCGGCGGUAAAGGCGGCGGCAAGGGGGGAAAAGGUGGAAAAGGAGGAGGAAAGUGUGGGAUUUACGUCGAAGAGUACACUUCAGCGACCACCCCCACUGGAGGAGAGAGUCCUUACAAAAGACCAUCUUCGCAAAUGUCCUUACCACCGUUGACUUAUCAUAACAACGGUACCCCCAGCCUUAUGUGUCGUAUAGCCCUGACGAGACUUUCACACGUUCCGCAGCCUUCCCGUGGACAAGAAGUCAGACAACGCACCGAACUCCCUGAUACCAGGCCAGUGUCCAGGCUGACAAAUUGUCUCCCUCCGCCGCGACCCCCUACCCCCGAGGAAGGGGAAAUCGUCGAUACACCCCCCGCUGAUACAAGGACAUGUAGUGAUGCUCCCGUGAAAUCUGAAAGUGGUGCGAAACAAACUCGCGUAAAAGUUGAAUCAGUUUUAGAGAGUAAAAGUAACAGUGCGCCGCCGAACACGAGUAAUAGUGGUUGUGCUAAUAAUAGUAGCGCGAGUGGAAGUGGUGGAAGUGCACCAAAAAGGAAACGUAAUACUAGUUGCAGUUCAGUUUCUAGUUUGAGUACUGUUUGUUCCGUAGACUCUAAGGCUAAAAGCUCUGAACACAAGGAGAAGAAGAAGAGGAAACGAAAGCACACCGAGAAUCAGUGUGCUACACCCAGACCCUCAUCGAGUCAGCAGUGUGACGCGCAGCCAACUAAUCACGAACGGGAAGAAAGGGCAGAUAGUAGCCUGCUGCCUCCUCCACCACCACCCCAACGUGUCUACUAUUCUUACUUCCAGCCUCAAAACGAUGUUUUGGAGGAUCAGGAUAGGGACCAGAAUCAGUACCUGACAGAAGCAAAGCGACUAAAGCACAGCGCAGAUGAAGAAUGCGAGCUGACUGCGCAAUGCAUGCAAUACUUGGAGGCUGUAUUAUACUUCUUACUUACUGGCCAUGCAAUGGAAUCAGACCCUCUUACUGAACGAGCCGCAUAUACCAUGUACAAGGACACCCUUUGCCUAAUAAAGUAUAUUUCUUCCAAGUUUAAGAGCCAACAGAACAACUCUCCUGAGAGCAGUAUCCAUAACAAACUGGCUGUUUUGAGCCUAUGGUGCCAGUCUCUUUUAUACUACAAGUUAUUCAAGAUCCGUAAACACGAGGUCCAGGAACACCAAAAGAUACUAGAAGACUACCUUCAAAAGCCAGCACAACCUACAUUAGUACAACCCGAAGGUCAAGGCACGCCUUCCCCGUUGUCUCCAACUCCGUCUCCUGCUGGUUCAGUCGGUUCAGUUGGAAGUCAGAGCUCAGGUUACAGCAGUGGAGAACUAGCCAACAGGGGUGCAGUCUCCGGACAAGCCCAAGGUGCUCCCUACGUCAGUGUGCCUCUUGGUGUUCAUAAUGCCAUGCAGAAGCAGCAUCACUACUUCGGUCUGUUAAUGAAUUGUCAUGAACUAUGGGAUCAAGCAAAUUCCUUGGUUACUGAUAAACAUAGAGAUUUUUUCAUCGAGCUCGACGAGCAAAGAGGUCCUUUGACUUUGAAAAGUUCUCUGCGUGACUUGGUGCGUUACGUACAGGCAGGAAUAAAGAAACUUCGUGCUCUCUGACCCCAGUGGCACAGCCCCCGACCACCCACCCCAAAUUACGUGACUGCUCUUCCCCACAACAUGGCUACAUAUCCCACUAUGCUCACAUAGUGAGAAGGGAAAUGCACCGACACAGGAGACUAGGUAUUUUACUCAUCUAUCCAUGGCUAAAAACGUCGCGUUUUCGAAAAUUGGUAUAGAUAAUGUGGGCGUUGGGUAAAGGAAAAAAAAUCGUUUGUUUUAUAUGGUUUUUAGUUAUAAAAUUAGUGUUAUCAAAUCCAACCUAAGACAGGUACGGCCCACGAACUUCUCCUAUUUGUUGGAUGAACUCGCUGUUUUUAUGUAAAGUAUAACUGUCAAGUGACACGUUACGACUGAUGCAAUUGAGAAAUUGGUUGUGAAACAAACGACAUAUCGGAUUACCUAGAUUUUCAGAAAAUCUACUACUAUUGUUUGCCUGCCAUUUGAAUCUGCAAUGUAAAAUUAACGUCCCACGUUAUCAAACUAGUAAUAUGCACCAAGAACGGCUCUUUUUUCAGAUCUUGAAUGAAGGGUCGCGCAAUAAUCAAUACUUAUCUGGCAGCUGUCAACAGCAAACGUCAGCUCCGUUUUGUAUUUUUUGCAUAUUCCCAUGAAUUGAAGAGUAUAUAAGGUGUGAAAGAUAGAUCCCGUUCAUUUUAUUGCGAUCGCAGGUUUGAAUUUAGCCAGUGGAAGCUUGUACAUGCCUAGAAAUAUCCCGUAUGUUGGGAUAAAUACGGGUGUCAGGGAGUGCUCGACGUUUAUUCUGCAAGUUUUGCGAAAAUGUUCAAUUGCAGACAUAAUCACGGGUGUAUUAGAGAGCGCAAAAAGUGGCAAGAAAUUGCAAAAGAUAAGUAACUGAACACUAUAUCGUGGUAUAUGUAUAUUUGUGCUGGAAUUUUAAGCAAUUGAAGUACGCGAUGAAUUUCGCGCGACGAGGAUCAUACAAUCACGUUGUUGGGACCGGGUAUCUUACUUAGCAAAUAUAGUCAAUUCCUAUACCCUCGGAACGAUGAAACUUAAGAUCCUGUACGGACGAUAAAGAUUGUUUAAAAAUCAUAAUAGUUAUCAAUGCCUUCGAGCAAUAGCAAUGUACUGUACCAUAUUAACUAAAAUACGUUACUUAUUAUAGUAAAAGGACUGAGUGCCACACGAUGGAAUACUAGAAAAGAUAUCGUGAAUAAUAAUAAUAAUAAUUUAAUCUCUAUUUUCCGAGGUGUCCGCUUUUGUAAAAUGUGCAUAGAUACAAUAAAGUGCCACAGGAGUUUGAAAAAUGCGUAUGUAGAAAAAAAAUAACGCAGGCUACCUGAGCAUAUUUAAAGCAACAAUACAACAAUGAUAUAGUUUAUUAUAUAUACACAUAAAAGUAACAUAAUAUUGUAACAUUAUAAUAUUAUUGAUAAUGAAAUAACACAAUUUGUAGAUAAGUGAGGUGUAGAUUUAGAAUUAAUACGCAACAACACAUAUUACUUACAUUAUCUAGAAUGUAUGGGGAGUAGUGGUUCUAGAAAAAAAAAGUACAUUACAUACAUACUAUAUACAUAAAUACAUGCAUACAUAACAUACACGAAUAAAUAAAUUUAAAAAAAUGCAUACACACACACCUAAUAUGUAAGCAGAAUCGGGAAAGGUAUAUGAAUAAGUAAAGCAAGUUGCUCAUGUGUAUAUUUUUGUAAAUAGAUAUUGUGAGUGCCGCCGCCUUGAGGGCAGCCUGAUAUUGUCGGGCUAGCCCGCCCCAUUUUGCUACCACAUCUUACCGAAAUGUUCUGGAUUAUUUCUGGUAAACUGUCCACUGAUUAUAAGUUUUCAAAAAAAUGUAACGACGAAAAAAAGUGACAAAAAAACAGAACUGAUUUUUGAGUUUCUUCGUUUAUUAGCACAAUGCUAUCAAUUGUACAUGAAAUGAAUAAUUAGAAUCCCCUCAAGUGAUAUUUUGACUGUAUUAGCAGCGUUUUACCAGAAGGACAAUUUAGAAAUUUGUAAGCAUUUACGUAAUAAAAAAUGAAAACGAGUGAAAAAAAAAAAUGACAAAUUGAGAUAAUAGAAAAUAGAUGAACGGGAGUAUGACAGGCUUUGCAUUGGAACUUGAAAUUAAGUGGAAUUGUUACCAGAAGUGAACUAUCCUAUAUAAAAUCAAUCAUCGUUACUUGCGACAGCUUCUAUUUUUGAAAAUUAUAGUUGCUGAAAAUAACACAAGUAAAAUUAAAGCAAAAAUAAGAAAGAACAACAAAACAAAUCAUGUACAACAUUAUGUUUAUUUUAGCGGAGCGGUGGAUAUCGGUUUAGGGAAAAUUAACCGAAACAAACUAGAUGAUUCGACUCAAAUUAUCGCAGCGCUGCAGGAAUUGUUAUCAGAAACGGAGUUGGCGGGCAUUGAAAGGCCCUAGUAACUAGUGCGGUCCAAUGGUUCAUGGGAUACAAUUUUAUAUGAACAAUUACAUGGAGCAAGCUUGCUGAAAAAAAAAAGUAUUAAAAAUUCAAUAUUUUGGAGACACAUAUUUAUAAGAGAUACGUAUAUCAGGCCCAGGCCCCCCAGCUCGGAGUGAUGUCAAGUUGUGAAGCCUAUUUCCAUAGAUCAAUGUAACAGAUACUUAGCGUAACAAUCGCGAUACUGCAAUACUAUUUUAGCGUUAUCUUCAUUGAGUAAAUAUUUAUUUUUAUCGGUUCUUGUUUUUCGACAAUUAGAAAAUAUAAUCAGCGACAGCAGUUCAAUUUUCGUGCAAAGAACUUAACGAAUAUCUUAUUAUCUAUUACAUUGCGUCUGUGUGGGAAUAAAACCACUGCUCGCGCUAUUCAAUACUAAAGCAGGUACUCUUUUCGACAAAUCCUCGUUCCUACUGGCCUUAAAAAGUAAAAAAAAUGAAAAGAAAAAAAUGAAAAUUGAAAAGAAUAUCUAAGAGGCGCUGCUGAUUAAACUCGACAGCAUGCACCAAACAUAUUAAAUCGAUCAACGUUUCUUACCAAUUAAUUCAAUCGAUGUAUAAUUAUUAAGGUAUAAUAUUAUUUUGUGAACAUAUUUAAGAGGAAAUGAAAUACCUGUACAAAGUACCUAACCAGCUGCUUGGACUUUGGCUAUUUGUUUUUCAAGCAAUCCAAAGCCAGCAAUUACUUGGUUACUGCUGUUCGAUUUAUUAUUUUUCUUUACUAUUAUCGUAAUUGUAAUAUAUUUAUAUAUAUACAUACACACACAUAUAUAUAUAUACAUAUAUAUCUCUUAUUAUUAUUAAUACUAUUAAUUAUUAUUAUCGUCAUUAUUAUUAUUAUUAUUAUUAUUAUUACUAUUACUAUCAUCAUCAUCAUUAUCUUACAAUAUUCCUAGAAUAUUAUUUUUACUCCGAGCAAUGUUCACUGGAGCUAAACUAUUCUGUCCUCGCAAUGUGCCAAAAUAAUUGGCAAAUGGUGUUAUUAUUAUCAAUUUUGAUUCGAUCGUGAUUAAUUUCUUUUACUAAUUAUCUUUCUGUUUAUUGCGAGCAGAGAGUAAUGGAUGAUAGUGAUUGAAAAUAAUUUUAUGAAGCUGAGAGGUAGGCGCGUGCGUGCACAAUUUGAUGUAUAAAUUGGACAGGAAAGUUUAAUAUAGUUUUUUUUUUUUUUUUUUUUUUUUUUCUUUAUCCCGAAGGUAUGACUCUAUUGGGUUAUGUCCCGAUUUAAUAUAAUUCGGGAAUGUGUAGCGCGAGCCAAGCACAAUAAUUUCACUUAGGCCGUUUAUCCACCGUCCUAUACGUGACAAUGAUUUGGACUACAUCCUGGUGAAACGGUUGAAAGUUCUUCGAGUUAAUGUUAGCAUGAAAUGAUCAAUUAUGAAAAAAAAAUUCAUACAAAAAAAAACAAACAAAUAUAUGGUUUAUGCCAUUUUUUUCCUUUUUCUUCAAAUGAAUGAUGAUAAAAUGCACGUUCGAUUUACCUAUUCUGUACAUAAAUAAUUAUAAUAUAUUUUAUUAUGAGUAUACAUAUCAAUUUAUCAACGGUUCCCACUUUCUGUUUUUGAUGAUGAACAACGAAAAUUUUUUUUUCAACCGAUAUCAACGCGUAUCGUACGCGAAAAUCAUAGCCUGUCUUUAUUUGGACUGAAAAUAGACACGUAUAUACAUACAUACAUACACACACAUACACACACAUACGUACACGCAUCCUGUGCAUUAGGGAAAAACAGAAAAAUAAAUCUUCGCGAGAACGGUAAAAUAAAAUGUUCAACUAGACGAGUUCAAUCGUCGAUCAAGGAUCUUUCGCAUUGGCACAAAUUCAAUCAUUCCGUCUGUUAUUCUGUAUACGGUCCACCUUUUUCCAAAUAAUCGAUUUUCCAUCUCUUCUAGUCAACUAUUCGAAUUGUACGCGAGCAAUAAUUACCUUUAUUCACCACACUGAUCGAAUCUUCCGCGACACGAAAACGAAAGCAACGUAAAUUUUUGUCCCCGCAUUUUAUUUAUCUUCGUGUUAGAACAAUAGCUAGUCAUUUGCAUAAUUUAUAGGUCAAAGUAUAGUCAGGCUUUGAUCUUUUAACCAGAGAGAAAAGAAAAAAUAAUUCUUGUGAAAAUCAAUUUUUCUAAAAUUUUCCCUAUACUUGGGAAUUUUUGAUAUCAAUUUUUUUUCCAUUUUGUUGUGAUUUGUCUUUUAGCCCGUUACAUUCACCUAUUUUAAUUCCUCGUUGGUUUACGUUCUCUCUCCUCUCUCUCUCUCUCUCUCUCUCUUUUUUGUACGAAAAUACCAGGGCACGGAUUUCGAAAAUAGAUUAUUUUUUUUGUCUCAUACGAAUUUACACAUAUAUUUUUUGAUUCAAUCCUUUUAUUCUCUGCAGCACUUUUAAUCCGUUUACAUGGGAUGUCUAGUCCAUAUUAUGUCGGACAAAACAGAGCAAAGCGUGUGUUGUGUCUGUAAUUUGUAAUUGUAAUUUGCAAAUACAUAUAACUAUAAUUAUAUAAUUUACGUAUCGAAAAUUGUACACUAUACAAGUGUAUAUGUAAUAUGUACUAUGAAAAACAUCAUCCACAUACGCGGGAAUAUAAAAAGUUAUGUCAGGGCAAAAACCGCACCAAGGAGAGACCAAACUCGCUUUUAAUGAAUGUAUACCUACUCGCCUUUUAUUUAUUUUAUUUUAUUAUCAUUAUUAUUAUUAUUACUAUUAUUGCUACUAUUAUUAUUAUUACUAUGAUUAUUAUUAUUAAUUAUUAUUAUAUUUAUUGGUGUGGAGGCUGACACGGCCGAGCCACCGCUCUGAUGAAUUGAAUUGUUGACACUAAUCUAUUGUUACUUAACUAAUACUGUUCCAGUUGAAACAAAUAAAUAAUUAAAUAAAUGAACAAAUAAAUGACGAA